CCGCCAAGAUGCAGCAGGUCGCUCGCUUGUUCAGCCGCCAGGCUCGCUCCUUCUCGUCCUCGGCCCGUGCCGCCUCGGACCAGCUCCAGGUCCACCGCAACUCGUCGUACAACAACCCGUCGAUUCCGUUCAAGCUGACGGCCGACAAUCACGAGCUGGCCAAGCGCAUCAUCGCCAAGUACCCGUCCCAGUACAAGAAGGCGGCCGUCAUCCCGUUGCUCGAGGUGGCACAGAAGCAGAACAAGGGCUUCUGCUCCAUCUCGGUCAUGAACCACGUCGCCGAGGUCCUCGAGAUGCCCCCGAUGCGCGUCUACGAGGUCGCGUCGUUCUACACCAUGUUCAACCGGGAACCCGUCGGCGACUUCUUCGUCCAGAUCUGCACCACGACGCCGUGCAUGCUCGGCGGCUGCGGCUCGGACAAGAUCGUCGAGGCCAUCACGUCGCACCUGGGCGUCGGGCUCGGCGAGACGACCAAGGACAAGAAGUUCACGCUCCUCGAGGUCGAGUGCCUCGGCGCCUGCUCGAACGCCCCGAUGGUGCAGAUCAACGACGAGUUCUACGAGGACCUCACGCCUGAGAGCAUCGUCUCGAUCCUCGGCGACCUCGCGGCGGGCAAGAAGGCCAAGCCGGGCCCUCAGUCGGAGCGCAGCGGCAGCGAGCCCAACGGCCCGCUCACGGCCCUCACCACCCCCCCACCCAAGCCGAGCGAGAUCUUCACCAAGGAGUGGCAGUGAGCGGCGGGCUGGACGAGCGCAGCGAGUCGUAGUCUGUCUGUAGAAGUAACCACGUUCCAGCUA